AGAUCUAUGUGAUACUUUGAAUGAUUUUAGUUUACGUCUUCAUAUUUAUUGUGACAAUCAUAAUACUAGUUGGAUUGUAUUUGAAUAUCUGCUUAUUUGUUGAAUAUUUCUACCAUCCUACACUCUGGAGUACAACAAACGUCUACAAUAUCAUUCUUUUCCCAUUCAAUGCACUAGAAUUAGUUUUGUGCUUUUCCUUGAUCUCUGCAGCUUUUGUACAGUCUCUAGUUAACAGUGGAAAUCUAAUUCCGAUAUGUCUGGGUAUAUCUGCCGUAGAGGACGUUUUCUACAACAUAUGUACCUGGAUUCUCUCUGGUUCUAUAUUUAUCAGACUAAUUAUCCUAUUGGAAGGCAAAUAUCUGACCGUGGACCCAGUCGAACCCAUUCUAACAGCUACAGGGACUCUCAGACUACUGAACGGGGUAAGCAUGACAAAGUUCGGCCUGAUCACCGGAAUGGCCUGUGCUUGCUUCUCAAUAUCUGAAUGCGUAGGACAGAUACUGGAGAAUACAUACUUUCAAAAGUAUGGAAAGCCCCUGUAUGUUACCCUCUGUUCUGCGGAGGGAGAACCCACCUUUCAGCCAACACUUGUCUAUCUAUCCGUCAUCAGGCAACUGCUGUAUUUGUUCUGGAUUGAGUCCUCGUCCUACAGGGCACACAAGUUCUCAGCUAAAAGUCGAGGUGCGAUUGGAAAGAAGAGACAGAACCUACUCACGUUUGACGAAAUUGUCAUAAUAGCUCGGGUUCGACAUUAUUCUAGACUGCUGAGGCUGGGAAUAUGUCUGGUUCUUCUCAUGGUCGGAGAGUUUGGAUAUUCGAACAUUGUAGUUCUUACAUUCGACUUCUUCGCAACCUUCAUACAGACCUGUAUCAUCCCUGGUAUCCUUGUUAUCAGGUCUAAGAAGAACUAUCCGGAGUUUUGGACAACUCAGAACAGGAGAAGCCCUUUCCCCUGUCGGCCACGGGUUGAACCUGAGGAGUUUCAGCUUCAAGAGAUAGAUUUUGAUGAACUACUGCUGAGAGAGCAGCUUCAGUUUUCCCCCGAGAAUGCUCUUCUUUGAUGGGAAUGGGCUGAAUGUGAGAACCCUGGUACCACGAACAGCCGUCAUGGAUUGAGGAACAGCAACUUCUUCUUCAUUCAGAGAAAGCUGUAAUUACUGUUUAAAUCUGCGCCUAAGCUUUAUAGCAUAUGCGCAGAUGCACCGGCGGUGUAAUGAUAUCAAGAGAAGGGUAUUAUUUGUGCCGUCCCGUAUUGUCUUCUGUAGUCUGUGUACUGUGAAUACUGCAUUACAGCAAUAAUUGUAAUGUUUACAGAAAUACAGGCUACAGCAAGA